AUGAAGGUUAAGGGCAAUGAAACGUAUAAGCGUGGCUGUUAUAGUAAGGGUAGAAGCUGGGUAAAUACUAAUAUAGCAAAUCAAAAAGGUAACUAUAAAACCUACAAUUAUACUGGUGAAGUUAUUAAGGAUACUAAAGCUGCCAGUAGCAUUAAAGGUAAAGCAUUUGAGCAUUAUUUAAGACCAGUUAACACAGAUAGAACUGAUAGUAUUAGUCUUGUGAAGGAUGAAGUACAAAUGUUGGCUAUACAUGAUCAAAACUUGUCAAACAAUGCAGAGGAACAAUAUAAUUCUGGAUGGUGCUACCAAAAUGGUAAAAACUCGAAUAAGGAUGGACAAAAGGUGCUUGAACGGAGUUGGAAGACUAGAGAAGGUCAAGAUUGUAAUGACAAAAUAGUAACUCAGAUAACUAAUCCGAUUAAAAAAAACUAUUUUAUGAAUGAAGUGAAAUGCAUCCCUAUUACUUGGGCCAUAGAGAAAUUUGGCCAGUAUUUACGAAGGCCUUGA